AUGGGCCUUCUCAAGCUGCUCCUCAAAGCGAUUCUCAUCCCCAUCGUCCUCGUCAUAGUCGCCGCCGUCGUCAUUGUCUUGCUCGUCAAGAUACGCCGUGAAAAGAAGGAAAAGAAGAGAGAACUUCAGAAUAGCGCCUUUCAGCCGCCUCCAGUACAGCAAUGGUCUUAUUCGAACCCCAUUCAGAAACCCGAGGCUGCUAUGUAUCCCAAGGGUACUACUCCAGGGCAAAUGGAGCAAGGCCUUAUCCACUCCUGA